UUCCAACCCGGAAGUAGUGUAUCGUUCACACGUGUGUGGCGCUGUUUUCUCAUGUUUUGUAUUUACUGUGACAAAAACUGUGUCGCACAGUUAAAAUAUAUCGACACAUUAAAGACACAAUGACUGGUACCGGCCUCGCUUCGGUCGCAUGGAGAGGUCUGAAUGGCGUGUUUGCUGUUUAUAAACCUCCGGGAAUGGCAGCCAUUCAACUGAAGAAUAUAAUUGAACAUAAUUUACUGCAAGAAAUCAAUUCUUUAGAGCAACAACCUUUGCGGAACAGGGUGAAGAUAGAAAAAGUUGAAAAUGAAGACAACACGAAUGCUCUGACGGUUACUUCAGUGCCAAGCCUUGCUGACCAUCCACUGGUUACUGGGCCACGAUAUAAGAAAGUAUCGAUAGCGUGGUUGUCACCUUUGGACAGAAUGGCUUCUGGCAUUAUGGUGAUGACGGCAACGGAAGGCAAUAAAAAGAUUGGUAUGAUGAAUACUGCUCAGUUUCCCAGUAUUUAUGAAGUCAAAGGAAAGUUUGGUAUGGCAACAGACACCUUUGAUGAAAGUGGCAAAGUUUGGGAGAAGACAACUUACCACCAUAUCAAAAGUGAGAAAAUGAACCGAGUACUUGCAGCAAUGAGUCGGGUACACCAAAGUGCUAUGACAAGAUUUUCAGGCGUUGAGAUGCAAUCCCAAGCAGCCUAUGAGCUAGCAGUCAGGGGGAUGCUGAGACCAGCGGUAGACUCUCCGCCUCUCAUCAUACGAAUGAAAUGUAUUCACUUUGACAAGCCACAUUUUACAAUAGAGAUGGAGUGCCUUAAAGAACAUGGACAGUUUUUACGAAAAACGGUGCACGAGCUUGGUCUUGAAAUGAAGUCCUCGGCUGUGGCCACCAGUGUACGGAGAACCAGACAGGGUCCAUUUACUUUGGAUCACGCCCUGUUGCAAAAACAUUGGAAACUUGAAUAUAUAUUGCAGGCGAUUCAAAACUGUAAAAAACUUGUUGCAAAAAAGAAGUUGUUGCCGUACUAUGCCUCAAAAAAGAAGAUGCCCGAGGAGUUAAUAAGGAUGGUAAAUGAGGAAGAAGCAAAGUCAAGCAGGUUAAAAAAAAGAAUGAGACUUCUGCAAGAGGCAGUAACACCUGAUAGUCACUGAUUUAAACAACGAAAACUUGCAUCAUACAUGUAUGGUGACCAAUGUGCCUGGUUACACCGAUACUUGU